AUAUUUAUUAUUUUAAGAUCUCUGAGAUGUGCUAGGAUUACGUUGCACAUGAAUUUGUUCGUAUCGUUCGUGUUAAACAACUUAUUAUGGUUAAUCUGGUACGGAUUUGUGGUAGCUAAUACGAAUCUUUUGUUGAACAAUAACAUAAUAUGUCGAUUAUUGCACGUGGUACUUCAUUAUUUCUUGUUAACAAAUUACGCGUGGAUGCUUUGCGAAGGAUUUUAUCUUCACACAUUAUUGGUAAUGGCGUUUACAAGUGAACACAGAUUGGUCAACUGGUUGGUGGCACUUGGUUGGUCAAUGCCAGGUCUUAUAGUUACCAUUUAUGCUAUUUUAAGGGCAACAAGCAACGAUCCUGUUGACAGCCAACAAUGUUGGAUCAACGAGGGUAAUUACAUGGGUGCAUUGGUUUAUCCAGUAUGCGUUUCAACUUUGUUGAAUGUAUUAUUUCUCUUCAACAUUGUACGUGUUUUAUUGAUGAAAUUGCGUGCUGGUCCAGCAAUAGGAACUCGUCCAUCAAGGUCAAUGCUUCAAGCUUUUAGAGCAACGAUGUUAUUGGUACCACUUCUUGGACUCCACUAUCUAGUCAUCCCCUUCAGACCACCAAAGGAACACCCUUGGGAACACGCUUACGAAGUUAUAUCAGCGAUUACAGCAUCUUUUCAAGUUAGUAUGCCGAGGACUUCCAUUAACAUGAAAUCAUCCUUAAUUCUUUUUUAUCCCAUCCCUAUCCCCACGAUCGUAAAAUCAAAUAUUCAUUUAAGGUAAAGAAGUAAUAAU